CUUGUUGACAUAUGUCAAAAUAUUUGAAAAAAUCAAAAUAUAAAUAUUCUCGGUAGGACAAUCUCGGAAAAGUGAAAAUGUUAUCCGAUUUUGAAACGUCCGAAAACAAGAUACUCAAUAUCCUGAACGAACAACGAAGAACGGGUCAAUUCUGCGAUGUCAUAAUUAAGUUAAAUACUGGCUAUUCUGUUGCCUGUCACUUCUGUGUGAUUGCAUCCCAAAGCUUGUUCGUUGGUAACAAGUACUUUCUGCAGAAAGACAUGCAAUUCUCUAUACACAAUCCGCUAAUCAUUGAAAUAUAUGAUUUUGAGUGUGAAGAGUGUUUGAGCUAUAUUAUCGAUUUCAUGUACUGCAGUCAAGACGUUACGAUAGUAGGUGACCACUACGAACAUAUAAAACUGCUGAUCAAAAUCCUGAGAAUUGACAAUGCCCUGGAACUGAAACAAUUUUUCGAUAGUCAACCAGAAGCAACCAGCACCGAGGAUAUCGUUCUGAAAGUGAAACAGCGUAGGAUCAAUCAUGGAUUGCAAUAUAAAACUCAGACACAGCCUGCCCAAAGUAAAAAACACAACUGCAAUGGCUGUAACUAUAAGUGCUAUCGACCUUCAGAAAUGCUAAUUCACAUCAACAACUGCAAGUCAGACAACAAGAAAUGUUCCCUCUGCGAAACUACAUUUGAGACAAUGACCGAGUUUAAAGGUCAUCUGGUUCGACAUGACAAUGAUAAACCGUUUUUCUGCAAAGAAUGCGACGUUCGCUUUGUUACAAAGACUGCACUCAAUUUACACACUCCCAAGCAUUCAAAUACCACCAAUCAUAUGUGUCCAUAUUGCGGAAAAGGAUUUAAGUGGAAACACGGCCUCAACAAUCAUAUCAUCGUCCAUUCAAGUGAGAAGAAACUCCUGUGCGACGAAUGCGGUUACAGUACAAAUCAUUUGAAAACAUUACGAGCACAUCAGCUGACUCAUGGUGGAGAAGUGUUCCGGUGUACGGCCACCAAUUGCUUAUACACUUCCCGCAGGAAAGAGAAUCUUAAAAUCCAUAUCGCAACACAUGAAAUGAAAACUCCGUUUGUGUGCGAAAUUUGCGGUAUUCGCUUUUCGCAGAACAAAAAUUUAAAGCGACACGCCCUGGUGCAUCUGUCGAAAAAUAUGCACAAAUGUCCGCAUUGUACGUUCUCCAGUUAUCGCACGGACAAGCUAAAGGAGCACAUAGCACGACUGCAUACCGAAAAACCGUUACAACUGGAACUAUCCGAAGAUGUUCAGAGUGCACUGAAAGAUGAUGUCGAUGGGCUUUUAUUCAAUGAGCCAACAAAAACAGUGAAAAACGAUGGUAAACGGAAGGGUAUGGAACGGAAAAGAAAUGCGAAAAAAGGAACGGUUAUCCUACCGAAAAAAAUUCAACUGAUUUUGCCAAGGCCAUGCUAGUUUGUUGUUCGGGAAAAUUUUUAUUUUUUAAUAAAAUUUAUAAAAUUUCGU